AUGCGUUUCCUCGCUGUCAUCGCUCUCCUCGCCUCUGUUGCCGUCGCCAGACCGGCUGAGAAUGGCGCCCUGAACGCCCUCAACGUCCAGGUUAUGUGCCUUGGACGCGACGCCGGUCUUUGCGUUGGCGGCAACAUCACGGCCGCCGGAAACAACUGCUGCCCUCCUCUGGUCUGCGGAUCUGACCGGAAAUGCCACUAA